AUGCUCAGAUCAGGGCCCAGAUUGCAGGCCAUCCUCAGAAGCCUCAAACCGAACAGCCCCGCGUCCUUCCACACAUCUCCAGGAUUCGCCAUGCGCGCCGUAGUCUAUGACAAGACAGGAGACUCCUCCGUGCUCCAUGUCGGCGACGUUCCUAAGCCGACAGCCGGACCCAAUGAUGCUCUCGUGAAGAUUGACUACGCAGGCGUCAACUUCAUCGAUGUUUACUUCAGGACCGGAUUGUAUCCAACCAAAUUCCCAGCAAUCACCGGCCGUGAAGGGGCUGGCGUGAUAGAGCAGCUUGGCUCCGAUGUCCCUUCGUCUUACAACCUGAAGGUUGGCGACCGUGUUGCCAUGUACUCGCAAGAUGUCAUGGCAGAAUAUGCUGCCCCGUCCGCUUCUAAGCUGAUGAAGCUGCCCGACGGCGUGUCGAACAGGGAUGGCGCAGCACUCAUCCUGCAGGGCCUGACGGCUUGGACGCUGGUCCGCGAUGCUCACGAGGUCAAGCCGGGCGAGGUCGUCUUGGUUCAUGCCGCAGCUGGUGGCACCGGCGGUCUCAUCGUUCAGAUGGCCAAGCAUCUCGGUGCCACGGUCAUUGGUACUGCGUCCACGCCGGAGAAGAUCGAGAUUGCUAAGAAACACGGCUGCGACCACGUCAUCAACUACUCCAAAGAGAAGGUUCUGGAUGAGGUCAUGAAGCUGACAGACGGCAAGGGUUGCCAUGCUGUCUUCAGCGGGAUUGGCAAGGCCACGUUCGAUGAUGAUCUCGAGUGCUGCAGGAGGAAGGGCACAAUGGUGACUUUCGGAAAUUCCUCAGGUGCUAUUGAGGGAUUCCGCCCAUUGGCGCUGGGGAAGAAAAAUGUGAAGCUUCUCAGGCCGAGAUUGGAUGUCUACGUGUCCGAGAGGGAGGAUUUCGAACAGAGGUCAGAGGAACUGCUGGACCUAGUUGCCAAGGGCGCGGUCAAAUUGGAUAUCGGAAAGGAAUACAAGAUGGAAGAGGUCUCGCAAGCUCACGAUGAUCUUGCUGGAAGGAAGAGCACAGGAAAGCUUAUUGUCAAGAUCUCGUCGUAG